CGUCAAGAAGGAGCGCCGGCAGGCCAGAGCGGCGCCCGCGGCUUGGUACGUCAUCAAAGGAGGCAGGUGGCUGCGCGAAGGGGGGGUUUACGUCAUCAGGGCGCGCCCGGGACCGGCUCCCAUGGCGGCUCCCAUGGCGCGAGCGCUGAGGGGACUGCGGGCGGGCGUGGGGCGGCGCUGGGGGCACGAGGCGCGAGGCGGUGCGGGGCGGAGCCGCCUGUACGAGCACGUGCGGGACGGGAACAGCGCGUGGCCGCAGCUGGACGUGGAGGCGCUGCGCGGGCGGCAGGAGGAGGCGGAGCGCGAGCUGGAGGAGCGCAAGGGCCCGCUGCGCGCGCACGACCUGCGCGAGAUCCUGAGCACGUGGGAGCAGCUGCAGUCGUUGCAGGAGAGGGUCCGGGGCCUGGAAGCCGUGAGGAACCAAGUCACCCUGGAUGUAAAGGCCCUGACGGAGACUCAUGACCAGAGCACCUUGGACUCGAUCCCCACGUAUAAGGAGCUGCGGGGCCGUGGGAGGGAGAUUCGGCAGCAGCUGAAAGACCUGUACCAGGAGGAGCAGCAGCUGUACGAGCACUACUACCUGAAGGCACUGUGGCUGCCCAACCAGACUCACCCUGACGUGCCAGUCGGUGACGAGAGCCAAGCCAAGGUGCUGGACGUGGUGGGGAAGAAGCCAGUGUUUAACUUCAAGGUGAAGGGGCACCUGGAGCUGGGCGAGCACCUGGGCAUCAUACGACAGAAGCGUCUGUCUCACAUCUCUGGCUACCGGUCCUACUACCUGUACGGUGCAGGCGCCCUGCUCCAGCACGCACUGGUCACCUUCACCCUGGACAAGCUGGUCAAGCGGGGCUUCAUCCCCAUGACAGUGCCCGACCUGCUGCGUGGAGCCGUGUUCGAAGGCUGUGGGAUGCAGCCAGAUGCCAACCCCUCUCCCGUCUACAACAUCGACCCCUCCCGCUUCGAGGACCUGUGCCUGGCCGGCACCUCCGAGGUUGGCAUCGCGGGCUACUUCAUGGACCACGCGGUGGAGCUGAGGGACUUGCCCAUCAGGACGGUGUGUUCCAGCACGUGCUACAGGACUGAGACGAACACGGGCAAGGAGCCCUGGGGCCUCUACAGAGUCCACCAGUUCACCAAGGUGGAGAUGUUCGGGGUGACGGCGGCGGAGCGCGGCACGGAGAGCACGGAGCUGCUGCAGGAGUUCGUGUCCCUGCAGAAGGAGCUGUUCUCCGACCUGGGCCUGCACUUCCGGGUCCUAGACAUGCCCACGCAGGAGCUGGGGCUGCCGGCCUACCGCAAGCAUGACAUCGAGGCCUGGAUGCCCGGCAGGGACAAAUAUGGCGAGAUCUCCAGUGCCUCCAACUGCACAGACUACCAGAGCCGGCGCCUGCACAUCAUGUACCGUGACGGUGCUGGGGCGCGGCGCCACGCGCACACGGUGAAUGGCACGGCCUGUGCAGUGCCCCGGCUGCUCAUUGCCCUGCUGGAGUCCAACCAGCUCCAGGAUGGGCGCAUCCGCGUGCCCCCCGCCCUGCAGCCCGUGGUGGGCACCGACAUCAUCGCCCCGCCCCAGGCUGCGACCCCGGUCUACAUCGGGCUCAACCAGCCCAAGCGCCACUGACCCCAGCGGGAGGGGGGAACGGACCCCCGCGGACGCCUGGAUUCGUACGGCCGGAUGCUGUCGUUGCCUCGUCUCUGCACCCGGACACCUGGGUUCUGCACCCGGAUGCUGCCCAGUGGCAAGGGGGGGGCAGCCCCUCUCGGGGGUUCUGCUGGCUCCAGGACCCCUAACCUUGAGGGGGGCAGCCCCCAGGGGACCAGAGCUGUCAAUCAAGGGAAUGCGAUUUUGGGUGACAAUAAAGGCUUGAUGAUGGA